UGCAUCUAUUUUUGACAGUUCCCGGGUGCGCCGGUGCCGUAUUAUUGAUCGUGUUUGACAGUGACAGGUGAGCAACAGGCGAGUGCAGAAUGCACCCGGCCAGCCGCCGAGGUGCUCGCAACCGCAACCGACACGGUAACCACAACCGUACCACAACCGUAACCUACGGUUGUUCGCGUUGGUGAAAAGAAGGCUUGACUUAACCCAGUAUUUUGAUCUAAAUUGAUACAGUUUUCAUCGCUGGGCGAGGAAUUUGACACGAGCGUCGACGGUUUUGUUUACAUACAAAACUUCGUAGUUAGCAAGAUGCUCCAAUCUAUGGGAAGCAUUCCGGAUCCUCACGCGUCUUUGCUGACGCUGUGCAGAUCCGACGUCACCGCCACAGCUACCACAGGGGAGGUGAAACUGGAGGACGGCUGGGACUGUUCCGAUGAUGAUGAUGAUGAUGACGUAGAACGUCUCGUGAUCGACGUGGACGCCAGCGUGUACGAGCCGCAGCGUGACAGACCCUCGCACCUCCAGGAGAUAUUGCAAAAUGGAGUUUAUACAGAGAAUUCAGAGAAAUCAAAAAACAUUAAGAAGGGACCUGUGACAUUGUCAGCCGAGGAAAUACAUAGAUCGUUGGACUUGCGGGCAGACGAGUACAUGAGAAAUAACUUUAUGCAGUACCGAGCGGGGAAUGCGGUUAACUCCAAGUCAAAAGGAGAAUUUCAGGUAAAAAAACGAAAAUCUUCAAGUCAGAAUGUAGAAAAGAAGUCAGAGCGUGGAGAACUUCAAAUGAAAAAACGAAAAACUUCGAUUCAGAAGUUGGAAAAUUCUAAGUCAGAGUUUGGAGCAUUUCAAGUCAACAUGCAGAAAACUCCAAGUCAGAGAGUGGAGAAUUCUAAGGCAGAGAGUAGAGAAUUUCAAGUGAACGCAUCUAAUACUCCUUACCAUAUGCACAACUUUAAGUCAAAACUUGGGGAAUCUGUAACAAUAUGGAAAACUUCAAGUCAGAAGGUGGAGAAUUCUAAGUCAGAGCAUGAAGGAUUUCAAAUGAAUGCAUCAACAACUUCUUACCAAAAUAUGCAAAACUUUAAGUCAGAACUCGGGGAAUCUGUUACAAUAUGGAAAACUUCAAGUCAGAAGGUGGAAAAUUCUAAGUCAGAAUAUGAAGGAUUUCAAAUGAAUGCAUCAAAAACUUCUUACCAAAAUAUGCACAACUUUAAUUCAGAACUUGGGGAAUCUGUAACAAUAUGGAAAACUUCAAGUCAGAAGGUAGAGAAAUUCAAAUCAGACCAUGGGAAAUUUCAAGUGAACGCAUCGGAAACUUCCUGUCAAAAUAUGCAUAACUUUAAGUCAGAACGUGGAGAAUCUGAAACAUGGUCUUCAAGUCAGAAGGUGGAUGCCAUGACAGCAGACGCUAAACUAAGCUGCAAUCAGUGCGAUCGAACCUACACGUUAAAAGGUUUCCUGUCGCGGCACAUGGACCAUUCCACGCAGCACCGCUGCGACGUUUGCAACCGCAACCUCCUAAAAUCCAGCAGCUUGGAGCUACAGAGCAAAAUACACACAGACGAGAAACCCUUCACUUGCGACCUCUGCGAGCGGAAAUUCAAAUACAAGAACAACCUGACCGUUCACAAACGAGCACACGCGGGCUACAAACCGUUCCCUUGUCCCAUAUGCGGCAAACAGUUUACACGGAGCUUCAGCGUGCGAGUGCACAUGCGAAUACACACAGGCGACAAACCGUUCAAAUGCUCGAUAUGCUUGUGCAAGUUUUCAUGCUACCAGUACCUGAAGACGCAUCGCUUGUCUCGACACACUGAUGGUGUGGAUGAUUGCUUGGAAAUGUAUAAGGGAGUGGUCGAGAGAGAGCUGAAGAAAAACAAAAUGGUGCAGACUGACGGAUAGAGAACCACGUUUCAAGAUUACCCGCAUUUUGGAGAAAUUCACUUUUACUUCCACAUGUUCUAGAAACUGUUGGAAAUUGAUGUGUAGAUUGUUUCUGUGGAUUUAAACUUCAUGAGCUUCAACUGAAUGUUUUCAAUAAUAAGG